CAAAAAAAAAAAAAACUUAUUUUCACUCACCACCAUCUCCAUUUUUUCCCUUUAUUUUCUCCUUUACCAAUUCUUGAAGCAAUAUCAGGUUAUUAUUAUAUUAAUUAGGGUGAAUUAGGUGGUAGAAGAACUAUUAUAUAUCUUAACCCUGAUAGGAAAGUUUACGUCGGGUGAUUGGUAGUCUAUUCGUAAUCGAGAUUUAAAGGAAGUCUCCUGAAGUAAGUUGGUUGAGCGGACUGUUUUAGGUGAACAUAGUAAUGCCAGUAAGGAGACCUGUCUAGAGAGAAAUGGGGUCGUGUAAUGGAGGAACUGUACCGUGUGAGGAUUUGGGGAAAAUAAGUAACUCAAUUGAGCAGCGCGAUUCUCGUUCAAUGAUAAAUGCAUCUUUGCAAAGAGUUGCAGGUGGAGAUCCUCCAAUCAGCAAUACAGUAGAGUUAGAUGUUAGAGAGUCUCAAUGUAAUUUGGAUGCAAAUUGUUCAGACACAAAUAAACAGAAGGGGAGGAGGUGGAUACGGAGAAAGCUAGCAGAUCUUAUGCAGAAAGGCCGAUUAGACAUUCAAGGGGACGCUUCUUUGGUUAAGGAAGAUUUCGUUAAACCAAAUUCACACGAUAAAUCUGUAGUUGUUACUAAUGGAAAGACUGAUUUGGAAGUAGCUCCACUUCCGGAGUUGAGCAAGUCCCAAAAGAAAAAGAUGAGGAGAAAGCGCAAGCGUAGCGCAUCUGUGAUUGAUGAUAAAGCUCGUGUUCCUGCUACCGACUUGGAUUCGAAAAAAAUGGAUGGGAGUGCUUUAAAUUCUGAAAAACAAAGUGAUAACCCGAAACGUCCGAAAUUGAGAAGGUCCCAAAGGAUAAAAAUGAAAAUGGAGCUCGAGCGUAAUGCAUCUGUGACUGAUGAUAAAGCUCAUGUUCUUGUUACUGACUUGGAUUUGACAAAGAGGGAUGAGAAUGCUUCAAAAUCUGAAAAACAAAGUGAUAACCCAAGAAGUUCGAAAUUGAGCAGGUCCCAAAGGCUAAGAAUGAAAAGGAAGCUCAAGCGUAAUGCAUCUGUGAUUGAUGAUAAAGCUCAUGUUCCUGUUACUGACUUGGGUUCGAAGAAGAUGGAUGAAAAUGCUUUAAAGUCUGAAAAGCAAGGUGAUAACCCAAGAAGUCCGGAAUUGAGCAAGUCAGAGGGGAAGAAAAUUGAAACAAAGCCAAAGUUUGCUGCAUCUCUGACUGAGGAUAAAGCUCGUGUUCAUCUUGCUGGGUUGGACCUGAUAAAGAUAGACGGAAAUGCUUUAAAAUCUGAACAACAGAGUGGUUGUCCUGGAGAUCCAGAAUUGAGCAAGUUGGAGAAGAAAGGAAGAAAAAAGAAGCAGAAGCUUAAUGCAUCCUUGGUUGAUGAUAACCGUGUUGUUGAUUUGGACUUGAUAAAGAUAGAUGGAAAUGCGUUAAAUUCUGAAAAACAAAGGGAUUCCCCAGUACCAGAAUUGACCAAGUCAGAGAGGAAGAGAUUAAAGAAGGAGCAUAAGCUUACUGCAUCUACGUUUGAUGAUAAAGCUCAUGUUCCUCUUGCGGAGUUGGAUUUUAUAAAGAUAGGUGAAAAUGCAUUAAAUUCUGAAAAACAAAGGGAUUCCCUAGGACCAGUAUUGAGCAAGUCAGAAAGGAAGAGAUUAAAAAAGGAGCAGAAGCUUACUGCAUCUGUGGUUGACGAUAAAGAGCACAUUCCUCAUACCGUGUUGGACUUGAUAAAGAUAAAUGAAAAUGCUUUAAAUUCUGAAAAACAAAGGGAUUCCCCAGGACCAGUAUUGAGCAAGUCGGAGAAGAAGAGAUUAAAGAAGGAGCAGAAGCUUUCUGCACCUGUGGUUGAUGAUAAAGCUCAUGUUCCUCUUGCUGAGUUGGACUUUAUUAAGAUAGAUGAAAAUGCUUUAAAUUCUGAAAAACAAAGUUAUCCCGUAGUACCAGAAUUGAGCAAGUCAGAAAGGAAGAGAUUAAAAAAGGAGCGGAAGAUUAAUGCAUCCGUGGUUGAUGAUAAAGAGCACGUUCCUUAUGCCGUGUUGGACUUGAUAAAGAUAAAUGAAACUGCUUUAAAUUCUGAAAAGCAAAGUGAUUCCCCAGGGCCAGUAUUGAGCAAGUCGGAGAAGAAGAGAUUAAAAAAGGAGCAGAAGCUUUCUGCAUCUGUGAUUGAUAAUAAAGCUCAUUUUCCUCUUGCUGAGUUGGACUUCAUAAAGAUAGAUGAAAAUGCUUUAAAUUCUGAAAAACAAAGUGAUUCCGCAGUAUCAGAAUUGAGCAAGUCAGAAAGGAAGAGAACAAAAAAGAAGCGGAAGCUUAAUUCAUCCAUGGCUGAUGAUAAAGCUCAUGUUCCUUUUGGUGAGUUGAAUUUGAUAAAGAUGGAGGAAAAUAUUUUGAAAUUGGAACAACCAAGUGAUUCGCCAGGAAGUCCAAGCACCAGUUUGGUGAAGGAACAUGAUAAUAAUGGUGAGGGCGAUCUUGUGGUUCAAAAGGAAAAUUUUAAAUCCUAUCAUAUGAAUGUCAAUUCAAAUAACCAUCAAAGAAGAAAAAGACAGUCCUCAGACUCUGAGGAGAAAGUUGAACCUGUUACGGGCUCUAUACAAACUUCACCAGAUUCAAAUGAAGUGCCUUCAUUAAAAAUCCCAGAGAAUGAGGUAGAGAGUUUGCAAAGCGGGGCAUGUGCUACUUCAAUUAAAGUUGCCGAAGAUGUUGAUUUCGAUUAUCAAAUUGAGGACAAUCUUCCUCAAGCAUCGCACUCUUCAAUAGCAGGACUCCGUGUUGUCUAUCCUGAUAAAAAGCUACUUAUCCUUGAUGUCAAUGGACUUCUAGCUGAUAUACUUCCAUAUGGUGAAACAUCAAAGAAGGCCCACAUUACAAUAGCGAGGAAAUCAGUUUUUAAAAGGCCAUUCUGUGACGACUUUUUACAGUUUUGCUUUGAGAAGUUUAAUGUCGGGGUUUGGUCAUCAAGAACCAAGAAAAAUGUGGACGCUGUGAUAAAAUUUCUUACGGGAGAUUCUAAACAUAAGUUGCUUUUUUGUUGGCAUCAAUCACAGUGUACUGAUACAGGAUUCACCACUGUUGAGAAUAGUAGCAAACCUAUGGUGUUGAAGGAAUUAAGAAAAUUAUGGCUAAAACUUGAUCGUCAUCUUCCAUGGAAUAAGGGUGAUUUUGAUGAAUCUAAUACGUUAUUGUUGGAUGAUUCGCCGUACAAGGCGUUGGGAAAUCCACCGCACACUGCUAUCUUUCCUCCUUCGUAUAGCUACAAAGAUGCUGAAGAUUCUUCCUUAGGGCCUGGAGGCGACCUUCGCGUGUAUCUCGAAAAAUUAGCCGAAGCCCCAAAUGUUCAAGAUUUUGUUGCCAAAAAUCCAUUUGGCCAGCGAGCUAUAACCAAAUCAGACCCUUCAUGGGGUUUCUAUCAAAAGAUUUUAAGGGCCUGAAUGACCUAUAAUUUUUUUUAGCUCCGGCAAUAUAUUCGGUGGAAAAUCGACUCUGAAUGACCUAUAAAAAUGCUCUCUCGUAUUUUUUGUCCUCGAGUGAUGUAAUUUGAAGCCGCUGCAAAAUGCUGCAUUGUUGUUGCAGAAUGCUGCUGCAUUUUCUCUCUGACCAGAUUGGUUACAUGAGAAAACCCAGACAUGUUCCUGCUGGUUUAGAUUUUUUAUUGCUUGUUGUAACUGCAGUUAUUCUGAUAGCACACAAGAGUACUGCUCCUGUCCGACCUUACCGAUCUUGAGAUGCUCUCAAUUUUUUUUUUGUAUUUCUAGAUGAGAAUUUGAUCUUUGCCGACCUUAUUAGGUCUCGCAACAUGUAAACCAUUCGAGCAGACGUAUUUUUUUGUUGUCGCUCUUAGGCUGUAACAGGAAAAUGAAAUUUUGGUUUUAAAUUGUGUUAUGUUUUUCUUGACA